CUUUAAGUUAGGUUUCAGAGUCUGAACUUUAUUGGUUAUCUUCUAGGGUUUAAGGUUAUAUUGUUUGCAGAAACUUAGGUGACGAAGAAACGGAAGCGGCAUAAUAAUGAGGCAGUUGAAGUUUCAUGAAAAGAAGCUCUUAAAGAAAGUCAACUUCUUGGAAUGGAAAAGAGAAGGUGGGCACAGAGAAGCCAAGGUCAUGCAACGUUACCACGUCACCGGCCGAGACGAUUACAAGAAGUAUUCUGGUUUAUGCCGGAUGGUGCAAAAGCUAGUAAACAUAUUGAAGCAGAUGGACCCAAGAGAUCCUUUCCGUAUUGAGAUGAGUGAUAUGCUUUUAGAGAAACUAUAUAACAUGGGUGUAAUACCAAGCAGGAAAAGCUUGGCAUUGUGUGAUCGCUUAUCGGUUUCAUCCUUCUGUAGGCGGAGGCUUUCAACUCUUUUGGUGAGGUCAAAGUUUGCUGAGCACUUGAAAGAAGCUGUCACAUACAUUGAACAGGGACAUGUUCGGGUUGGUCCGGAGACUGUUACAGACCCUGCAUUCCUUGUUACAAGGAAUAUGGAAGACUUUGUUACAUGGGUAGAUUCAUCUAAGAUAAAGAGGAAGGUCAUGGAGUAUAAUGAUAAGUUGGAUGAUUAUGAUGCAAUGAAUUAAGGAACUAUUUCAUUUGCUUCUCUUUGUUUCAUUGUAUCAAAAUAGUUUUGCUUGCUCAUGGAUGUAUGAACUUGGUUUGAAGUUAUUGUAAUCAUUUUUGCAUUUGGUGGAAA